UGCCUCCCCUUGCUCGGGCCAGCGCCCAGCGAUUCCGCUUUGCCUCUGGUUGAGAACUCGCCGGCCAUCCCACCGCGUCUCUCCCCCAGCCGCCGCGCCGCCGCGCCGCCCCGCCCAGCAGGGGGCUGCCGGCUCCGGCCUGAUUUGAGGCGGCGAGUGAGCAAGGGAGGACAUGAUCUACACGGCUAUAGACACGUUUUAUCUCACGGACGAGCAGCUGCGGGACUCGCCGUCGCGGAAGGAUGGGAUAGACGAGGCCGCCGAGACGACCCUCCGGGUCUACGGCUGCGACCUCAUCCAGGAGAGCGGCAUCCUCCUCAGGCUACCACAAGCAGUGAUGGCCACAGCUCAAGUACUGUUCCAUCGUUUUUACUGCAAGAAAUCAUUUGCACGAUUUAGUGCUAAGAGACUUGCUGCUAGUUGUGUUUGGCUAGCUGGGAAGUUGGAGGAGAGUCCUAGGAGAUCAAAGCAUAUUAUAUUUGUCUUCCAUAGAAUGGAAUGCAGGAGAGAAAACCUACCAAUAGAAUACUUGGAUGUAUUUUCAUCGAAAUAUUCAGAACUCAGGCAUGAUCUGAUAAGGACCGAGCGGCAUCUAUUGAAGGAGAUGGGUUUCAUUUGCCAUGUCGAACAUCCUCACAAGUUCAUCUCGAACUACCUUGCAACACUUGAAGCCCCUGAGCUGACACAAGAAGCAUGGAACCUUGCUAAUGAUAGCUUGCGGACAACUCUUUGUGUACGGUUCAAGAGUGAAGUAGUAGCAUGUGGAGUCGUGUAUGCUGCAGCUAGGAGACACAAGGUUCCCCUCCCUGAAGAUCCUGCUUGGUGGACAGUUUUUGAUGCUGACGAGGCAGGAAUUCAGGAAGUUUGCAGGGUUCUUGCUCAUCUCUACAGCCUCCCAAAGGCACAAUAUAUACCAGUGUAUAAAGACAAUGAUUCCUUCAGUGUUAGAAGGGCCUCUGAUCCACAGGCUUCUAAGGAGAGUCCAGCAAGUGCCGUUGCUAGUGAUAGGGGUACCCCUGCACCUUCGAGUUCUAGCCAGGAGAAGAGUUCACUGGGCAAGGCAGGAACAGAGAAGGUGAAGGAAAAAAGUAAUAACAAGGAUAAGCCGUUGUCUGAUGAGCUAAACGGAAAAGGAGACAAGGCAGUGAAUUUGAAGUCAGAGUCUAAUGUUGAUCGGGCUGAGGAAAGAGAAAGAAGCAGAUCAAGAGGCCGUGACCGUGAUAGCAGGGGUAGAGAUUCUGAUCGCGAGAGGGGGCGUGAUAGAGAAGUAGACAGGGAUAGAGCCAAGAGACACCGUUCGAGGGACAAAAGUUCAGGAUACUCGGACAAGGAGAAAUCAAGGCACCGCUCGUCACGAGACCAUGGCGGUUACCACUCAGCUGGUGACAAAGAUCGGCACCGGCGUCAUUGAUCCAGCUGAGCUUCCCUGUUGUACGAAGAAGAUAUGGGUAGAGAACCACCAAGGAGCGCCAAAAGCGUGAGAUGAAUUUGGUAUCAUCUGACGUGUUACAUUAGCAAAUCAGGCCUUAUAUGUAGUACUCGUAGUACUUCUGAACUAUCCUUUUGUACUUUUGAUUUUGCUGAAACAACUUUGCUACACAGAGAGUAGCAGAUGGCUUGUAAGAGGGAACAAGGACAGGAGUCUGCAAGUACUUGCCCACUCCCAUUUUAACAUGAGAGCUUUCCAGAUUGAUUGUGACAUAAACAUUUUGAA